AUGUCCGACAAUCGACACCACCACGACCAGGUGGAGGACGACGAAGAGCAGGACCCUUACCUCUCCAUACCGACUGAGUCCUCCUGGAACCUGACCAACGAGGAUAUGUCAGGGAUCAUUCGUCAACAGAGGAAUGCAGGGCAUACCCGAAGAGACUACGGUACCAUGGAUUCUUCUGCGAAAACGGACAACGACCUACGACCCGACGAAAGCCAGCCCGAGGGUUCAAGUCGCGUUCUUGCCUCCCAGUCACCAUCGGGCCCACUCAGAAAGCCAUCAGUAACGCGCCGUAUAUCCUCGAAGCGACAAGUUCCUCAUAAGGGACAGGAGUUUUCUACAGAUGACGAUGUACAGGAGGUGGAAGAGGAUAUUGCCAAGCAACAAGGCUCCAAUCCGCAAGCAUCGCCAAGGAUUCGCCCUCUGAGGAAGCAAAGCUCAACCUUGCGACGUCGUUUGAACGCCCGAGUAAGCCCCCUGACUCAAGCAGGCUCAGACGUAGAUGGUGAGGAUGAUACUGCUUCACCUGAUUCUGUCAUGGAAGGAACUGGGCCGGAGCCUUCUGUCCAGCGAUCUGAGACCGGCAGCCAAACUGGGGAAGGUAUUCACGGUGAGGAGGACGAGGCGGCGUCGAGUGAUGCUGAAAGCUUCACAUUGAAGGAUCGCCAGCAAGCGAUAAACGAAACGCAUCCGUUCGGUAUCAGAUUGUGGAAACCCGCUUUGUACAAGAAGAGUCGCUCCGUGGAGAAAACAGCUGAGGGGGACAUCCACUCUUCGCCUGGCGGUCGAGUGGGUAACCUCCUAUUCUUCGUCAACCUCUUGUGGACCCUGUUCUUUGGGUGGUGGCUAGCCUUGGCUGCAUUGACAGGGGCCAUCGCAUGCUUCAUUUUCGCAUACUCGCCCAGUGCAGUGGAAUACGGACGAGUCUUCUCCGGUCUUUCUUGGUAUCUAAUCUACCCCUUCGGCUCCUUUGUCCGCCUGGAUACGGAUGAGAAUUACGCCGAGGAAGAUGAGGGGGAGGGUCGCAGCAUUAGCGAGUAUGAACAAUGGCAGAACGGCGACCUUGAACAUGGUAGACUAUUCUUCGGUCCUCGACGCGACCGGUCCCUGGUUGGAAGAAGGAGAAACAGUGUCGAUUCGGCCAGUGAACAAGAUAGCCUGCUAGGCCGAACACAAAGAGGCCAUUCGAGAGAGAGCCCCCUUACCCAGCCGAAGCGACGAUUGUUCGGCCGUGGCGAGUGGACGCUUGGCCGCGUGGUUUUCUUCAUCUUCUUCUACUUCCUUGUAGGACCGCUUAUGCUCAUUGUCUCGCUUCUUUGUUGGUUGCUGGUUUUCUGGAUACCUAUGGGACGUGUGACCAUCAUUCUGUUUGAUCACCUUCGCCGGCACCCUCUGGCCUUGUCGUAUCAUUCUGAUACAGCGCAUACCAGAGUUAGUCCCGGUUCUUCCUCGUCUGUCCUGUUGUGCACCUAUCGCGCAGCUGGUCUGCGAUACUGGAAAUACACGGUCGGCGGAACGAAUAUUUUCUUCAUCAACCUACUGGGUGUUGUCUUAUUUGUUAUCUUUGACUAUUUUCUUCUCAGCAAGACCCUAGGUCUCCAAACGGCCAUCACUCAUCCGGGCCUUAUCUUCACCCUGGCUCUUGUCUCUAUCAUCCCUUUGGCUUACUUCAUUGGACAGGCUGUUGCAUCGAUUUCAGCUCAGUCGUCUAUGGGUAUGGGCGCUGCUGUUAAUGCUUUCUUCUCCACAGUAGUCGAGGUCUACCUUUACUGUGUGGCCUUGACUGAGGGAAAGGGUCAACUAGUAGAAGGCAGUCUUAUCGGAAGCAUAUUUGCAGGCAUCUUGUUUCUCCCGGGCCUUUCGAUGUGCUUUGGUGCUAUCAAACGCAAAACACAACGAUUUAAUGUGAAAUCCGCCGGCGUCACUUCCACAAUGUUGAUGUUUGCCGUCAUUGCCGCUUUUGGACCAACACUAUUUUAUCAGAUUUACGGCAGUCAUGAACUUAACUGCCGAUCAUGCGUCGAUACCGUGGAGUCGCGUGGCAGCGAUUGCCGUCGCUGUUAUUUCUCGCAGGUACCAGCUGUCAACGAUAGCUUUUUCCGGAAAGCAGUUCAGCCUUACUCCUGGUUCGCUGCGUUAUUCUUGUUCUUGUCAUACGUUAUUGGGUUAUGGUUCACACUUAGAACUCACGCAGCCCUCAUUUGGGCCACAGAAUCCGAGGAGAAAAAAGCGCCGGCUCUUGCCAACGAGCAAGCUACGUACGAGUCUCGAAAUCUUGAUGCCGCUCAAGCCUCAGCAAUGGCUAUUGGUGGCCUUGCUGCAUCCAGGGGCUCAGUGCGCGAUUCGCAACUGUACAAACGGAUUUUAGGGCAAUCCCUGAAGCAUGUCGGUCUAUCCGAGACUGCGGGGGAACUCAACCUCUCCGCGCAUGGCAAAAAUGCAGCGCCAUAUCUUGUACCUCCACAAACGACGACCGGGGACCACCACGCAAGCUUCCAGGAUUUCCGGGAUUUAUCUAGCGAGGAGAAUGAAGAUCUUGUGCGCCGAGUAACUGAGGUAGCAGCUACGGCGGCUACUGUUGCCGCCCGUGACGCAGCCCGGUCCCGGAAGCCGUCCGUUCAACUGGGUUCGCUCCGUCAAACAACAAAAGCUCCCGAUUUGGCAAGGUCGCAUUUGGAUGAAGGCGAUGAAGUUGGCCUCGAAAAUACUCACACCAGCGGUGGGCAUGAUGCGCCGAAUUGGAGCAAGGCCAGGAGUUCGAUAAUCCUCCUGGUGACAACCAUACUGUAUGCGAUCAUUGCUGAAAUCUUGGUCAACACGGUAGAUGUGGUUCUAGAGAGUGUCGACGUGGACGAGAAGUUUCUAGGAAUCACACUCUUCGCCCUGGUGCCCAAUACGACUGAAUUUCUGAACGCAAUCUCCUUCGCCAUGAAUGGAAACAUAGCGCUUUCUAUGGAGAUCGGAUCGGCCUAUGCAUUGCAAGUCUGCCUCUUGCAAAUCCCCGCAUUGGUGCUUUUUAGUGCCAUCUAUUCUCGCCUGAUAGACCCAUCGGAGUUACUCAGCCAUACAUUCAACUUAAUCUUUCCUCAAUGGGACAUGAUCUCGGUCAUCCUUUGUGUCUUCCUCCUCUCCUAUGUUCACGGCGAAGGCAAGAGCAAUUACUUCAAGGGCUCGAUUCUCGUCCUUACGUAUCUUGUCGUUGUCAUCGGGUUUUAUCUAUCGGGCUACAGCAAUAUAGAGACAAUGGGUGUUGAUCGGUUUGACACGCUGGCUCUCGGUCUAAGCUCGUCGGAGAAGUUUUACACCAUCGGUCGGGCAACGAGUGGCCAGGCCUUUGCGCCUCACUGA